UUAAAUAUUCUGCCACUUCUAAUCUUUUUUUUACCCAGAAACAAACAUGUAGCUUUAUUGAAGAAAAAACAUAAGAAAUCUAGGCUAAAUCGCAGAGAGCAAGAGAGAGAGAGAGAGAGCGCAAGAACUUUCUACCGUUGGAGAAGACAAUUUGCAAGGCUCUUUGCUACGACUCUCUAUGGACCCAGACCCAUAUAAUGAACGUACUUUUUCUAUUGAUAGGAGUGUGGAUCCAAGUGUUGGACCACAGGUUCCUGAUCUAGAGGUAGAAGAACCCAACAAUAAAAGUAUCAUUCCACUACCAGUAUGUGCAGCAGAUGAAGAAUUUGGGUCAAUUGACUAUGAGGAGGACUUUGAGUUACAAGAAGAAGAAUAUGAGCAAAACAUUCAAACUGAGCAAGAUGUUGGUAGGCCAACCAAUCCUAGUUAUUGGUGGGCAAGUGUCACACAGUUAUGCCAACCAAAUGAAGAUGCAGAUGAUGAUGAUGGGAUAGUGUCUGAUGAAGAUUUAAAGAGCCUUUCAAGUGGAGAUGAAGGGUGUGGUCCCAAAAAAACAAAGAAAGAUUUUAAUCCAAAUUCUAAGUUUGAUGACUUUAAGUUCAUGUUAGGAAUGGAGUUUGCCACAGUUGAACUCCUCCGAAAUGCACUGAAGGAGUAUUUUAUGGCAAUAGAUAGGGAAUUUGUUUAUGUCAGUAAUGACUCAAAUAGGGUGAGGGCAAAGUGCAGGGCAAUAGGAUGUCUGUGGCUGUUAUAUGCAAGCCGCCUCAAAAAUGAAGGGAAAACUUUCAGAGUUCAAACCUUGAUUGAUAAUCACAACUGUCCAUUAGUGCUUAAUAGUAGGCUGGCAAAUUCAACAUGGUUGGCUAAGCACUUUUUGGAAGAAUUCAGAAUGAAUCCGAACAUGAACUACAACACUUUUAGAGAAAGGGUUGGCAAAACUAAAUACAGUCAAGUGUCCAAUUGGUCAUAUUACAGAGCUCUUGCAAAAGCUAAAAAUUUGCUAGAGGGCAGCGUGAUGGAUCAGUAUGCUAUAUUGGACGACUGCUGCAGGAUGCUUCUAGCCACAAACCCAGGGAGCACAACUAAGAUCAAAACCAAAAUAGAAAAUAGAAAAAAGAUUUUUGAAAGGGUGUAUAUAUGUUUGAGUGAAUGUAAAGAAGGGUUCCUCAGAGGUUGUAGACCUUUGUUUGGAGUGGAUGGGUGUUUCUUAAAGGGUUAUUGCAAGGGGAUUCUCCUCGCAGCAGUGGGUAUUGAUAGCAAUAACUCAAUGUUCCCUAUCGCAUAUGCCAUAGUUGAGAAGGAAACUUUUGAUACAUGGAAAUGGUUUUUAGGGCUAUUGAAGGAUGAUUUGAAUGUUGAUGAGCCUGACUUAUACACCCUCAUUAGUGAUAGACAAAAGGGCUUGGAGAAUGCUGAGAGUGAACUUUGGGUUGGUUGUGAAACUAGAUUUUGUGUUAGACAUAUGCACUCCAAUUUCAAGAAAGACCACCCUGGUCUAUUAUUGAAGCAAUUACUUUGGGCAGCAGCAAGGGCCACCACCGUGGCAGAAUUUCAAAAAAGGAUGCAAGAUUUGAAGGACGUUUCUGAGGGUGCUUAUAAUUGGUUGGCUAAGAAGAGUCCGACAGAAUGGAGUAGGUCUCACUUUCAAGUAAAGGCGAAGUGUGAUAUGUUGCUAAAUAACUUGUGUGAGAGUUUUAAUGCUGCUAUCCUUGAAGCGAGGGAAAAGCCAAUCAUAACACUACUUGAAAAGAUUCGAUAUUGGUUAAUGUGUCGUUUUUGCAAGAACAGGGAGAGUGUUACCAAGUGGGUGCAUCCAGUUGGGCAACAUAUAUUGAAAACUAUUGAGAAAAACAAAGAGGUUGCAAAAUAUUGCUUGUCAACAAGAGCUACAUCACAUACUUUUCAAGUGGACACAACAUCAGGCCAGGGGUACACAGUUGACUUACUUAAGAAAGAAUGCACUUGUCGAAAGUUUCAACUCACUGGUAUCCCAUGUGGGCAUGCUCUAGCUUGCAUAUGGACUGUGGGUCACAAUGUCUUAGACUAUGUGGAUGACUACUAUAAGAAAGAUAAGUAUCAAAUGACAUAUGAAGGGGUUAUUCAACCCAUGCCAAGUCCAGAUCAGUGGCCAGACACAGGGAAAAAUCCAAUAUACCCACCAGCUGCUACUAAUUUACCAGGUAGACCAAGAAAAUCAAGAAAGAGGGAUGCUGAUGAACCACCUGUGGGAAGCACCAAGACUCGUAGAGUUGGACAAGUCCACCAUUGUUGCAACUCUAAGCAACAAGGGCACAAUGUGAUGAGUUGCACCAAUACUUUUGUUCCUCAGGACCAUGUUAAAAAAAGGAGAGGGAGGCCUCCAAGCAAGAAACCUACUGAAGCAACCAAAAAGAGAGCAGAAAGGAGAAGGAAACAAAAUGUCAGGGAACAAGCUGCCAAGGGUGGACCUUCAACUUCUAAAUGAUCUUAGUUUUGAUUGAAGCACCAGCAUUUUUUUUAUAUGGUUGUUGUUUUUGGAAGUGUGGAAUUUCAAACACUUACUGAUGUAUUUUGGUAUGCCUUUUGUACUCAAAUGUAACCAUGUUUACACUUGUAGCAAAUGGUAGGUGGGGUAUGAUGUUGGUUUCCUUUUGAUGUAUAAGGAGACAUAUAUGGUCAUGCUUAAUGAUGAUUGGCAUUUAGGCACUUUGGGUGCUGCUUUAAUUUGCAAGGUUGUUUUUUAAUUGUAUUUUGUGUAAAACAAGUCACCAAAUUAUGUAAAAACUCACCCUUUCAAGUUAUAUUCCAUUUG